CAGUGACACACAGUGAGAAAUGGGGGGCGCUAGUGAGCCGCGGCCGGUGCAGAUCGUCAGUGUGCACAAGGAGGACCACUCCUUCUCCCUGGACGCCAAGGCCCUGGAGGCGGUGCUGCUGCGGCCGGAGGUCCGGGACCUGGACGUUGCCGUGGUGUCGGUCGCCGGGGCGUUCCGCAAGGGCAAGUCCUUCCUCCUGGACUUCAUGCUGCGCUACAUGAAGAGGAAGGAUGAAGCUGGAGACUGGCUGGGCUCCGACACCGAGCCCCUGACCGGGUUCUCCUGGCGGGGCGGCUCUGACCCAGAGACCACGGGGAUCCAGAUCUGGAGCGAGGUGUUCGUGGUGGAGAAGCCCAACGGCAAGGAGGUGGCUGUGCUGCUGAUGGACACACAGGGCGCCUUCGACAGCCAGUCCACCGUGAAGGACUGCGCCACCAUCUUCGCCCUCAGCACCAUGACCAGCUCUGUGCAGAUCUACAACCUGUCCCAGAACAUCCAGGAAGACGACCUGCAGCAGCUGCAGCUGUUCACGGAGUACGGGCGCCUGGCGAUGGAUGAGAUUUUCCUGAAGCCAUUCCAGUCCCUGAUGUUCCUGAUCCGAGACUGGAGCUUCCCAUACGAGUACAGCUACGGGCUGAAGGGUGGGAUGCAGUUCCUGGACAAGCGCCUGCAGGUGAAGGACGCUCAGCACGAGGAGAUCCAGACGGUCCGGAAACACAUCCACUCCUGCUUCUCCAACGUCUCCUGCUUCCUGCUGCCACACCCGGGGUUAAAGGUCGCCACAAGCCCCUCCUUCUCCGGCCAGCUCAGCGAUAUCGCAGCGGAGUUCAAGUCGGAGCUGCAGACCUUCAUCCCGCUGGUGCUCCAGCCGCAGAAGCUCAUGGAGAAGGAGAUCAACGGAGCCAAAGUCACCUGCCGCGGGCUGCUGGAGUACUUCAAGGCCUACAUCAAGAUCUACCAGGGUGAGGACCUGCCACACCCUAAAUCCAUGCUCCAGGCCACCGCAGAGGCCAACAACCUGGCCGCCGUGGCAGCAGCCAAGGACCUGUACUACAAGCAGAUGGAGAAGGUGUGCGGAGGGGACCUGCCCUACGUGGCGCCCGAGUCGCUGGAGGAGAAACACGCCUUCCACUGCGCCGAGGCCCUGGAGCUCUUCGGCCGCACCAAGAAGAUGGGCGGCGCGACGUUCUCCGAGCGCUACCGGCAGCAGCUGGCCGGCGACCUGGAGCAGCUGUGGGCCGACUUCCAGAAGCACAACCAGAGCAAGAACGUGUUCAGCGCCUUCCGCACGCCCGCCGUGCUCUUCGUGCUGCUCGCCGGCCUCUACCUGCUGUCGGGCCUGGCCGGCUUCGUGGGGCUCGCCCUGGUGGCCGGCCUGUGCAACUGCGGCAUCGGCCUGGCGCUGGCGGCCAUGCUGGCCUGGGCGCUGAUCCGCUACUCCGGCCAGUACCGCGAGGUGGGCCAGGCCAUCGACUCCAGCGCCGGCUUCAUGCUGGAGAAGGCCACCGUGGUCAUCAACAGCACCCGAGGGGCGGCUGUGCAGCAGGGGAAGAAGUCCAGCUAGCCAGGGGGACGUCCAGCUGGCCCAGCAGCGCCCCCUGCUGUUACUGCACCGUGCCUUAACACCCCUCCCGCCGACACACAGAACUGCCCCCACGUUGCCCCCUCUGUGUGUCUCCUGCCUGUCUGUUUCUUAGUCCAGCCUGUCUCUCUGUGCUGCCUCUCUCACUGCCUGUCUGUCUCUCUCUCUGUCUCUUUGUCUCAGUGCUGCCUGUCUG